CCAGCUUCUUUCAAUUCACAAACUCGGGAUGGCUAUAUAGUCUUCGCUCGAGUAUCGCCGUCUCCGUGGGCGUUGUUGAUCUAGACUAUAGCUGCAUCAUCGCGCGUGAGGGAAAAAAAAAAAAGUUUCCCAACGCCGUUGCUAUACAAGAAUAUAUAUUUACUGGUAUAAAUAAACAUUACCCAAUUCAUCGCUACUGAUACGUCGAUCAACUCAAGCGCAGGUCACAACAAUGCACCCAUUGUUCGCGCUUCCGAUCUUCUCUCUCCUCAUCGCCCCAGUGUGGGCUUUCUGCGGCACCAGCGUCAAUUUGAUAUUCUUCUACAUGACAUGGGCGACCCUGGUACUGUCGCAUUCGGCUCUCCGUGUUGAGCUUGUGGGCACUGCCACCGUGCGGUUGCUGUGCUACGCUCUUCCCUCGCUCCUGUUCUUCCUGUUCGACAUCCUGACACCCUCGGCCGCCGUGCUCCUCAAGACCCAGGGCGAAUAUGGGCUCCCCGCCGGCAACAAACGGGGCAAGAUCCGGCGCAAGGACCUCAAAGUCGCCGUGUGGGCGCUCUUCAAUCUGGUCCUGGGCGUCGCCGUCCAAGGUGCCAUUGAACAUACCCUCACCAGCCGCUUUCGCAAGGUGAGCCUGGUGAGAGUGACGCUGAAGCUUCCUCUCCCGUGGUCUCUGGUCCUGGAGAUCUUUUGGGGAUUGAUCCUUCGAGAGAUCCUCAGCUACAUUAUCCACCGCUGGGUCCUGCACACCAAGAACCCUCUCGCCCGUCUGCACGCCGCCUGGUACCACGCCCUGCGCGCCCCCUACCCGCUCACCGCACACUACGACCACCCGCUCGCCUACCUGAUCGGCCGCUGGCUGCCCACCAUCCUCCCCGUCGCCCUGUGGCGCCUGCACAUGGUCUCCUACCUGGUCUAUCUGGCCAUCGUCUCCCUCGAGGAGACCUUCGCCUACAGCGGCUACUCCCCGAUGCCGACGGGGUUCUUCAUCGGCGGCAUGGCGCGCAACACGGAGGCGCACCUGCACAGCCUGGGGACAGGCAACUUCGGGCCCUGGGGUAUCCUGGAUCGGGUGAUGGGCACGGCCGUCGACGACAAGUUCGUCGAGGAGGAUGGGGAGGCCGUGCCCUCGCCGCCCCGGCGGCGGCGGCUGCGGCCGAACAGCGGAAAGGCGGAGGACCGCGCUCAGCAUCGCCGUCGUCAACACCCCGUUCUCCGCCAGGCGGGUGUGCUAAUGGAGGAUCUGCCGGCUUAUGUUGUUGAUGAUCAUCAUGAAGAUGGGAAUCUGGUUGCGUUGGGAGGAGGAGAUGAUGAUGAUGAUGAUGAUGAUGAGGGGGUUGUGGGGGUGGGGAUGGAGCCCCCGGCGCCGCAGCUGCGUCGGGUCAAGAAUUAUUGGGCGGGCGAGCCGAAGAUUCGGCGGACUACGAGGGGGGCGAGGCGGAGGGGGAGGGGGGAGGCUUUCUUGGUCGUGGAGCGACUGGCUAUGUUGAGAGCUUGGAAUCGAUUUGGCGAGGAAUGUGCUGUAUCGCCAGGACCUGGUGUUGGUCCAGAGCUCAUAGAUAACAAUUAG